UGAAAUCCGAGAAAACGGAAGUCCCACUGAGCUUAACUUCCGGUAAAAGGAACCGAGAUCCGAUACUCCCGGAGGGAAUCGUCGGGUGCAGCAGCACGUGCCGGGUGUCCGGGCAUAUCCGGGUGACGAAACUCGCGAUCACGGUCGGAUUUUUGGGGUCUCUGAACGUCGAAAGGAUCCUCCGUCUUUUUAUCGGGGGUCGCCGCAAGUCCGACGGGAAUUUACAAAAACACUCUCAAAACGGCAACCCGGCGACGCGAUUCGAGGGCCCCUCCAACCACCGAGCGAGAUCGCGAACGAGCCGAGGGUCCGGUUCCCUUAAUUCUUCCGCUACCAGCUCUCUCGCUGCGGAAAGCAUUGCGACCUGUGAAAUGGAGGAGAAAUCAUCAGCCCGAUUUUCAGAAUACCUCUUUGCCAAAAUGGGCGGGCAGGACGUCCUGGCCUCGCAGGGUCCCCGUAAGGUGACAGCCGAUACGAGAAAGUGGAUUCAGGACAACCUUCUCCUCCUUAUCACCUUGUCAGGUGUUCUGCUUGGCGUCAUCCUCGGCUUUGGAUUGCGACCCCUUGAACUAGGCGGGAAUGCAGUAAUGCUGAUCAGCUACCCCGGAGAGCUAUUCAUGAGGCUACUUAAGCUGAUGAUUCUGCCCCUGGUAAUAGCCAGCCUAAUAUCGGGGUCAGCGAGUCUGAACGCACGCAUGAACGGCAAGAUUGCGGUGAGAACGCUGGUCUACUUCAUCCUGACAUCCCUGUUCAACGCCAUACUCGGAGUGGCUUUAGUCAUAGCGAUUCACCCGGGAGAUCCGGGUCUCAGGGAGUCAACAACGACUGCGUCGCAUCCCAGGGCCGUCAAUAUCCUGGAUAGCCUGUUGGACCUGGGAAGGAACAUGUUCCCGGACAAUCUGUUUCAAGCGGCUUUUCAGCAGGCACACACUGUGUAUGUUCCGAAGAAGCAGUCGAUCCUGAACGACUCGGUGAAGGUGCUUCCGGAGAGUCUUCCCGAGGAAGAGCUGACCAGGGCGGUGCAGUACCGAAGCGGCACCAACACUCUAGGCAUCGUAUUCUUUUGUCUAGUGUUCGGCACCUUCCUGGGCACUCUGGGAGAGAAGGGUCAAGUCGUGAUCGACUUCUUCAAGGCGGUAUUCGAGGUCAUAAUGCGAAUGGUCUCCAGCGUGAUGUGGUUGACACCGUUGGGAAUAACGUCAGUAAUCGCUGGUAAGAUCCUCGGGGUCGACGAUCUUGGUCUUGUGAUGUCUCAGCUGGCCUGGUUCAUCGUAACCGUCGUCGUUGGCGUCUUCUUCUAUCAACUGGUUAUCAUGCAGCUCAUCUAUCUCGCCUUUGUCCGCAAGAACCCCUUUAAAUUCUACGCGGGUCUCGCCCAGGGCACCCUCACCGCCUUCGCCAUGGCUUCAACGGCCGCCGCUCUUCCCAUCACCUUUCGGCUGAUGAACGAAAAGCUCCGGAUCGAUCCACGGAUUACCAGGUUCGUCCUGCCCAUCGGCUGCAACAUAAAUAUGGACGGUACAGCUCUCUUCGUUGCUGUAGCCAGCAUCUUCAUCGCUCAAAUGAAUGGGAUCUACCUCGGCUUCGGAGAGAUCAUCACUGUGAUAUUGACUUCGACUGCCGCCUCCGUUUCAUCCGCAUCGGUGCCCAGCGCCGCUUUGGUACUUCUUCUAGUUGUCCUCAGCGCCAUCGACGCUCCUGUUCAAGAUGUCUCCCUGCUCUUUGCCAUCGACUGGUUUGUCGAUCGCGUUCGAACCACGAAUAACAUGCUGGGCGAUUGUUACGCUGCUGCAGUCGUUGAACAGUUGUCGAAAAAGGAACUGAUGGCGGUUGACGCUGCUGCGUAUCAGUCAGAUACUGAAGUAGUUCUGUGUCUUUCUAUACAGUCAGAAGCUGUUCUACCCACUACAAUUGCAAAUGGCUGCAUUUCAGCGAGCAGAGUACCAGACCCAGACACCGUGAUCGUCGAGAUGCAGGAUGACUCGAAGACGAACGGCAUCGCCAAGUAAACAUGCUUGUUGUGGCGCGACGAAGGCGAUAACACCGAUCAACGAGGAGACGGUUUGACGUAUGUAAUAAGCGUAUCAUCCGACGUGAUGGAUUUUCUGAAGUUAAAACUGUAAGGUAGCACCUAAAGACGAGGUUACUUAUUCGCGGACUAGAAGGGUAUAUUGAAGUUGAACUUGUUAGUGAGAGGGCAACGAUUUUUUGUAACACUAUAACACAUCUACGCCCCGUACAUAAUGAACUAGCUUAUACGCUAUAACAUGAAUUAUAUGCAGCGUCAGGUACGCUACGACAUGAAAAACAAUACAGAUACAAAGUAGGAUACGUUUAUUUUUCUUUUUCAUUGUUGUUAGAAAUCAGAGAAAGAGAGAGAGAGAGAGAGAGAGAGAAAGAGUAAAAGUCAAGUUCGACAACAGUUAAAAUUAAUAUAUAAUCAUAGAUCGUAGAGUAUCGAGGCCCUCCGUGUUUUUAUAAUUUUAUAGUUUCAACAAUUUGCGGUUGUUCGCAAAUACGGAAGUACGCAAUACACCUUUAAUAUACGUAGCAAGAGAGGCCUAUACAAGAUAUCGAUGAAACGGCGUACUAUUGAAAUAUUGUAUGCUAAUUCUGGCGACUCAUAAAAGUAAUUUACAUAUUCUUGUCAUAUUUUCUA